AUGUCUCAACCAGUCUACCACUACCUCACCCUCGGGCGUCUCGGGCGCGGCGAGGUCCUCAACCUCUUCCUCAAAGACGCCGGCGUCGACGCAAAAGACGUCCGCUAUCCCUACGACGACACCUGGCCGCAGAGCAAAGAGAAACUCACCCAGCAGGGCCUGACGCGGACCGGUCUGCUGCCUGCGUUGGAGUAUAAGGGGUCUAUCUAUACCCAGCACAUUCCUACUCUGCGCUAUUUGUCUCGCGAACUAGGCGCGUAUGACGGGGAGAGUAACCACGAGAAGUACAUUGUCGAUGCGGUUGCUGAUGUCUAUAUCGACUGGAGGUCGCAAUGGGUCGCGAACCUGACGAGCGCGGAUCCCGAGUACAAAGACACCGUUGUGCCCAAGUACUACACCGUGGUGGGCCAGUACUACUCUGAACGCCCGGGUCCGUAUCUCCUCGGUGAGAAAAUCACCUAUGCGGAUUUCGCGGUGUAUCAGAGUAUUGAUAAUGAUCGGAGGACGGGGACGUUGCCUGCGAAUCUCCCUGAACCGCUGCUGAAGCUGCAGGAGGCGAUUGAAGCACGGCCAAAUAUUGCACAGUAUAUCAAGGAGAAUAAAUAG